GCAGAAACGCGCUUGUUGGGGUCAAGAGAAUGGUUCGAGUAAAAGACGGGAGUGCGUUUUCUUGUCUUCUUGCUUGUUUCAUUGUGGUCAUCAUUGUUGUCUUCAACUGUCUUCCUACCAUCCUUUUUGCUCUCUAUUCAAGAGACAAUUCGAAUGAAUUAGAAAGUACUCACACGCACUCACAAGACAACAUCUCUCUGGGAUGCGACGAGCAGAGAGUGCAACAAUUCAGUGAGGUAAACUACGAUUUCUUGUUGUCAUCUGCUUGUCGAAAUUACCUUCCAUGGAUGAACGAUUUGCAACUUGUGAACCAGCGGAAGGAUAUUUUUAGUGGGUUCAUCGUUGUUGAUGACGGCUGUGGAUUGCAUAGGACAGAAACGGACUUGAAGCGUCUGCUUGCUCUAAAGAGUUUGAUCACUAGAGACUGUUUCUCUUACGGUCUUCCUUAUAUUUGCAGUUAUUAUUACAGACCGUUAGUAAAUGAUAGUUUGUGCAACAUGCAUUGGCCAACAAAAGACGAAUGUACAGCUGUCAAGACGGUGCACUGCCAAUCGGAAUGGAAUAUCGUGAAAAGCAUUACACAGUCACCUGACGUCUGUAUUCCACUCUCUGAUUGUACACAACUUCCAGCUCGACAUCAAAAUGAAACGAAUAAAAAGACAAUUGUAGUUAAUUAA